AUGAAAGCCUUCGCCAUUCUCCCCAUCCUCACGGCCCUGGCCUCCGCCAACCCGGUCGACACCAGCCUCGUGGAGCGGCAGAGCUGCCCAGGAGUCUACGUUUUCGGUGCUCGAGAAACCACCGCCUCGGCAGGCUACGGCACCUCCCUGGGCCUCGUCAACAUGGUCCUGCAGGCCUACUCGGGCUCCCAGUCGGCUGCCAUCAGCUACCCAGCGUGCGGCGGGCAGUCCAGCUGCGGCGGCGUCAGCUACGACAGCUCCGUGCAGCAGGGCACGUCGGCCGUGGUGUCAGCCGUCACGACGCUGAACAGCAGGUGCCCAAACACCAAGAUCGUGCUCAUCGGGUACUCGCAGGGCGGGCAGAUCAUCGACAAUGCGCUGUGCGGCGGCCAGGGCGGCGCCACGCUGUCCGGGAACGCCCUGAAGGCCGUCAAGGCCGCCAUCUUCAUGGGGGAUCCUCACUACAAUGUCGGGCUCUCGUACAAUGUCGGCACGUGCCAGGCGGGCGGUUUCGCGGCGCGACCGUCAGGCUUCACCUGCUCUCCGUACAGCCCGUCGCUCAUCCAGAGCUACUGCGACUCGACGGAUCCUUACUGCUGUAAGGGAAGUGACGCAAACUCGCACCAGCAGUACGUUACCAAGUACGGCUCGCAGGCGUUGGCCUUCAUCAAGAGCAAGCUAGGGUAG